UAUUUCCAGAUAUUAUCUUUUUCCUUUUCUUUAUUUCAUCACUUCAUCUCUUUGUCUUUUUUUUCUCUCUUACUUUCUUUUUAUUCUUCUGGGUGGCCUGCAUUUCUUUGUCUCCAUUCACACCCAGAAGGAAUAUAUAUAAUUUCUAAAAGAAUAUUUUGGAAAAAUAGGAAAAGGUUUCUGAAGAAAGAUUCAGAAUCGAUGGACUUGUACACCUGCCUGUCUCGAGCUUUGCCUUCGUCUUCUCCGUUUGCUUCUUCUUCUUUGGGCGAUUUAUCCGAUUGGGCUAAGGAAUUCUUCACCUUUGCUGUUUCUGCUGCCAUUGGCAAUGUCUUCUCUGCCAUUCUCACCUUCUUUUUUGCUCUGGUCGGUACGGUGUUAGGGGCAAUGACGGGAGCAUUGAUAGGGCAAGAAACAGAGAGUGGUUUCAUAAGGGGCGCCGCAGUUGGUGCCAUCUCCGGUGCCGUUUUCUCUCUUGAGGUCUUCGAAUCUUCUCUUCGUAUCUGGCAGUCCGAUGAAUCCGGGCUCCGCUGUCUUCUCUACUUGAUUGAUGUGAUUGCAAGCCUCUUGAGCGGUAGACUUGUUCGCGAACGCAUUGGUCCCGCGAUGCUAAGUGCAGUGCAGAGCCAGAUGGGAGCCAUUGAAUCCAUGUAUGAAGAUGCUCAUAGCAUUUUUGACACCGGUAGUGUGAAGGGCUUGACGAGAGACUUUGUGGAGAGGAUCCCGAAAAGGGUAAUAUGUUGCGAAAACAAUAACGAUUCAUCGGGGGGAGGAUCCUCUUGCUCCGUGUGCCUCCAGGACUUUCAGGUAGGGGAGACGGUGAGGAGUUUGCGGCAGUGCCACCACAUGUUUCACUUGCCGUGCAUCGAUCCAUGGCUGUUGAGGCACGCCUCCUGUCCCUUGUGCAGAAGGGAUAUCUUUUAAUGUGUUGUACUUGUAGCAGUACUAGUAGUACCCUGUCCCUGAUUAUGGGGCUAUAGUUGUAAAUAUUGAUAAUUUGUCUGGUUUCUUUUCUGAGUUUUUUUAUUACAUAUAUGCCAAUUUUUCAAGCCUUUGGAAUUAAUUUAUUUCUUUUUUUAAGAAAUAAAUCAAAUACCU